UCGCUCCGGCUGAUCGCAGACCACGAAGCCUCCUCGCCGUUUCCCAGAGCAAAGCCGAGUCGCGAACCGGCGCUCGAAGUCGCGUAGAGACGCUCGCCGUAGGAUCUAUUUUUAAUCUCGCUCUCCUUUCGUAUGACUUGUGCUAGAACCUUGAUCUUGUGACGUCAGAGGUUCGACGGAGGACGCCUCGGGACUCUAACGAACCCGAUGUUCGCCGGCAUACGAGGAGUCAUUGGACGACCGCAGGCAGCUGUUCUCGGCGGGGAAGCUCAACAUCGAGUCCGGGAUGUCGACGUACGGGUCCAUCGCCUACCAGAUGCGGGACGCCAACAUGGACUCCAACAACACGUGCGAGUUCGUGUACAAGGCUCUCAAGAUUAUAUGCAAGACAGUGCUGAUGACAGUGUUGCUGACACUGGCAAUGACAGUCCCUGUGCUCAUGGUUAUCAUGGGUGUGCAGUACAUCCGCGAGUGCCCUUUGGAGCCGCACAUCCCGAUAUACCUGCUGGUGGGAGGCUGCUUCGGUACCCUCAAGAUCCUGUGGCUCCUGUGCCAGCAGGUGCGAUCCCGUCGCUAUGAGCGUAUCGACGACGCCUUCGCCGAGGACGGUCUGGAGGAGAUCUUCACGUCGACGAGCUACAGGGCGACGGACGUGGCCCUCACGAUCUUCCUGCUCAUCUGGUUCGGAAUGGGCAACUACUGGGUCUACAGGAUCUACCUUCCCAAUUUCCAAAACCAUCUCUAUGAACCUAAUAAUUGGUGCGUCGCCUCGGGUUUUGUAUUUGAGGUUUACAGUUGCAGUUGCUUUUAUUAUCUCCUAGUCCUCAGAGAGACGGCUGACAGCGAGUUGUGUGAAGUCGACGAUUACCUGUCCGCUGUGCCACCAGGCUGUUCGGACGCCGUCACUUCGCUUCACAGUCUGCUGUAG